AUGGAACAUCGCUUAGAAAGCCACCUCGAUGUAGCAGAUACUCUUGCACAACGUGUAAAAGCUACACUGGGAUUGCUGACCAAUCUUCUCGAUAUUGAGAAUCAGGCAAACUCGAGAGAGAUAAGCACGCGCAUACUGCGAUUAACACAGGAAGGCGUUGACGAUAACGCUACCGUUAAGGUCAUCACUGUUUUCACUCUGAUAUAUCUACCUGCUUCGUUCAUGGCUUCGUUCCUCGGUAUGAACCUUUUCGACUUCAAAGGCGAAGACGGCUCCUUACAGGCGAGCCCUCAGUUCUGGAUCUUCGUGGUAACGACAGUGCCGUUGACGAUGCUCACCGUCGGUGCAUGGUAUCUGUACAAGACCAGACACAACAAAAUAAGGAAAGCUAAGUCAAUCGCCGAGGCCGUGUGA